AUGACACCAUCACUACUUGAAACCACCAAGCAAAAAAAUGAAGACACACUUGCUACUUCUGGGACCAACAAAAGGGCCAAGAUACUCAAGCAUGCCUCUGCCAUCACCAUCACUCCUGGUACUGAUAUAUUACACAAGCCACCAGCUGCUUCUGCCACUGUUACUCAAUUGCACUACUCUCAAUCAAUCAGAGGAGUUUUCAGCACACUGCUAAAGACACAUAGCUCAAACAUUGACCCAGGCUGCAUCCCUCUGUCUGAUUCAACCAGCCACAGGAGUGGCCAUGCUCCUGGUGCAACAAAUAUGCAUAGUGAACAAGCAAAUAAAUCAGGUGAGGUUGUCAAGGCAAAGCCAAAGGAUGUAGGAAAUUUACUCAAGAGCAAGCUGAAGGGUGAUGUUGGCUUGCACAGCUUGUUCUUCAUUGGCCAAGCUGUAUUCAAUGUGUACCACACCAUGUUCCCCCUUGAUGCCAUCUGCAAAGAGUACUUCCCAUUCACCAAUAACAGCAACUAUCCUGCACAAUAUGACUCACCAAGUGGUGGCAAUGCAAAGCCCAACUUGAUCCAAGGAAGCCUGUGCAAUAAUCAAGUCCAUUGGGCUGACAUCAAGCUGAUUACUGAGUGCAAGCCCACCUCCAAAACCAGUGACUGGAAUCUUGCCUACCUCCAGCUUGCUUGUGAUGCUUGUAUUGUGUUUGCUCAAUAG